CUGGGCGUUACUUGAUCGCCUUCUUUCGUUUCGCCUUUGAUCUAUACCCUUUUUUUUUAUUUUCGUAUUUUCUAUCUCGAUCAGCUAAGCUUUGAUCAAUCCUCUUUCUCGCUUUUCAAAAUCAUCUCCUCAUUCGUUUGAUUCUGCUCUGUUCUCUGUUUGAUUUCAGAUCUAAGAUCUAGGAAUGAUUCUAUGAGCUGCUCAAUUCUGUUUCGUCGGAUUCGCAUUGUACACUCCUUCUCAGUCGUUUACCUUUACUACUCUUACGUUUUCUCAUGAACUACUAAUUCCUCUCCGAUCUGAUUUUGCUUUAGCUCUUCUCGCAUAAAUUUUCGCUGGAUAUAACUGAUUCUUUAAUAGAUUAAAGGAAUCUAGAAGAAAUAUAUUAUUAUUAUAUUGUUUAAAUUUUGGUGAGAACAAACAAAAAGUCAAUGGAGUCGUUGCAAAGACAGAAAAGUCCCGAUUCCGACAACGAUCCGAGGUACGCUUCGGUGACGGAUGAGAGGAAGAGGAAGAGAAUGAUCUCCAACAGAGAAUCCGCACGGAGAUCGAGGAUGAGGAAACAGAAGCAACUCGGUGAUCUCAUCAACGAGGUCACUGUUCUCAAGAGCGAUAACGCCAAGAUCUCCGGUCAGGUUGAUGCGGUUACGAGGAAGUACGUCGAAAUGGAGUCCAAGAACGACGUCCUGAGAGCGCAGGCCUCGGAGUUGACGGAGAGGUUGAGGUCGUUGAACUCUGUGCUCGAGAUGGUUGAAGAGAUUAGUGGUCAGGCUUUGGAUAUUCCCGAGAUUAACCCUUGGCAGGUUUCUUGUCCGAUGCAGCCGAUUAGGGCUUCUGCUGAUAUGUUCGAAUUCUGAGGAUUUUGGAAAACGUGUCUUGGUCGGUUUACUCAUUUGUCUUGUUGGUUUGAGUUUUGUUGCAACUAGAGUCAUUGGUGUGUUUGUCAUCUUUUAUAUUAUCGUGUUUGUCUGGUGUUGUUAUAGUCUUUGAGUCUUGUGUCAUCUAUUACAUAAGAUAAGUUGUCAUGUAAUUUGGUUUGUUCUUAAUGACAAUGUAUUCAAGCUUUGUGUUA